UUCCGUUCAGUAUUGUGAACCGGUCAAUCGAACUUUUCUCCGAACUCCGAACAACUCUGCUUAUUAUUUUUCACUAGUAAAAGUAAAGUUGAAAAAAGGAAAUUGAGACUAUUAAAACCGGCCUGCAUAAUGAGCGCGCCGAGCAAUAAAAUGUCAGCAACAGACCAGAUGCGUGCAAUGCUGGAUCAACUGAUGGGCACCACGCGAAACGGAGACGAUGGACGCGGCCUUAAAUUCUCAGAUGCACGCGUCUGCAAGUCAUUUCUCUUGGAUUGCUGCCCGCACGACAUUCUGGCAUCCACCCGCAUGGAUCUCGGUGAGUGUCCCAAAGUGCAUGAUCUGGCUUUUCGUGCAGAUUACGAAAGUGCGUCCAAGACUCGUGACUACUACUACGACAUCGAGGCUAUGGAGCAUUUGCAAGCGUUCAUUGCGGACUGCGAUCGACGCACAGACUCCGCCAAACAGCGGUUAAAAGAAACGCAGGAGGAGCUGACAGCAGAAGUAGCCGAGAAAGCCAACGCGGUUCACAGCCUGGCGGAAGAAAUCGGAAAAAAGCUGGCAAAGGCCGAGGCACUGGGAGAAGCUGGCGAAGUAGAAGACAGCAUGGAACUAAUGAAGGAAAUUGACGAGCUGCGCGCCAAAAAGGUCAAAGCAGAGCAUGAAUAUAGAACUUCAAUGCCAGCCUCCACAUACCAGCAACAGAAGCUCCGCGUAUGUGAAGUGUGCUCCGCUUACCUGGGCAUACACGACAAUGAUAUCCGUCUGGCGGACCACUUUGGUGGUAAGUUGCAUCUAGGCUUUCUCACAAUUCGCGAGAAACUUAUCGAGCUGGAGAAGACGGCGGCACCGCGAAAGGCAGAACUAAAGCGCUCGGGUAAGAUACCAGAUCGAGAAGAGGACGGCCGAGGCAGAAAUCGGUACUUUGUAGGUGGGCGCGAGCUGGACCGUCGCUCGCGCGUUCAUCGCUCUCGUUCAAGAGAGCGUCAGCGACAGCGUGAAGCAGAGAAACAAGGCAAUGAUAGAUCGAAGGAUAGAAGCGAGGAGAGGGCCAAUGCCCGAGAGGCCGAGAGUGAGCGAGCAGCGCCGCGGGGACGUGAUAUUGACAACCGUGGAUCUGGACGCGGAGGGGCAAGUGGUGGCCCCGACAACAAUGCUCGCGAUCAUCGCGAUAGAGAUCAGCGUGAUCGAAGGGACCGAGACCGCAACAUGCGGAAUGACAGAGGACGCUAUGGAGGAAAUGGUGGAGGAGGAGGAAGCGGAGGCGGUGGAGACCGUCGCAAUGAAAGACGUCGAUCACGUUCGAGAGAGCGUUCGCCACGAGAUCGCCGYAACUACAACAACAACAACAAUUUCGGCAACAGGCGCCGCUCCUUCUCCCGCGAACGCUAUCGCCGCUAGAAAUGCCGAUGUGUCGAAGUUAACAUGAAGAUCCAGUGGAAGCCAGUUCCACACGGCAGUGUCCAGCGCACGUACGUAGCAUAAAUAACCACCACAAAAGUAAACAAAAACAAAAACCAUAAAAAAAAAUACUAUAGAGCAGGAGAAACUAACUAAUUGCAUUAUUAUUUAAUUAAUAAAUGACUUAAAUACACACUUAGACAGCAAGUCAGAUAUUUUUGUAAAAUAUUAUUAAUUCUUAUCUUUGACUCUCAUCAGUGUUAACUAACAGAAAAGCGAAACAAAAAGUGUGAGCUGCAACUAUAUGAAUUGUUAAGUAAAUAACUAUAAUUUAA